CCGGAAGCGUGGCCCGUUGCCAUGGCGAUGGGCGGCGGCGGCCCCGCCCCGAGCGGCGGCUCCGAGCAGGGGAAGGCCGCGACUGGAUUCCGGCCGCCGCGUGAAGCUCGUCCCACCGCGGCCGGGAGAAACCGGAGCCCCGGCCCGGCGAUAUCCCGGCAGCGCUGCCCGUUCCGCCGCCCAUCGGCAUCUUCCCGAACCGGAGAAUCACCUCCUCGGUGAGACCGGAGCCUCGGCGGCUGCUGAAUGACCGGGAAACGCUUCCGGAGAGUGGGAAGGCAAAAACUCAUCGGGAUAAUUAAGCGACAAACGAGCGCCGGGGAUCGGACUGAGGGGGUUUCUCUUCCCGCCUCGCUCCUCCGUGCCUUCGGAUCCGGCGUCGCCGGCCAGCUCCGCCCCAAACCGCCGGUGAAGGGGACCCCCCUCGAGGCUUAUUGUCCCCCCCCCGAGGCUUAUUGUCCCCCCUCGAGGCUUAAUGGGACGCCCCGGCCCCCAUUUUAGGUGCUAAAACGGUAGCGGGGAGCGCCCGCGCAUGGGGAGAUGGUUCUGAAGCGCCUGUUUCCGGAGCCUGCGGUGAAACUCUCGGAAAACACUGAUAUACGGGGAUAAACCGACCCCCUCCCUGCUCUGAGGGGCCGGGGGUGAUGCUGGAGGGGGUGCCGGCGGCUCCGUACCCCCAUCCCCGCGGGAUACGCCCCCUUCUCCGGCGAAACCCCUCGCCAUGGCCGAGCACCCGGAGCUGGUGGCCGAGAUGCCGGCGGUGGCGCGGCUGAGCACGCCGGAACGGUUGAAACACGCUCAGAAACGCCGGGCCCAGCAGCUGAAAAAAUGGGCGCAGACAGAGAAGGAGAUGCAGGGGACGAAGGUCGGAGCCGAGAGGAAGAGGAGGAAGAGGAAAAGCAACGGCCAAGGGAAGAGGGUGACGUUCCCGGCCAGCGUCCGGCUGUUGGAGGCGGCCGCCCGCCACGACGCCGAGGAAGUCCGGCAGUUCCUGGAGAGCGGCGUCAGCCCCGACCUCUGCAACGAGGACGGUCUCACCGCGCUGCACCAGUGCUGCAUCGACGAUUACGGUGACGUGGUGACGGCGUUGCUGGAAGCCGGCGCCGACGUCGACGCCCGCGACAGCGAGCUCUGGACGCCGCUCCACGCCGCCGCCACCUGCGGCCACCUCCGCCUGGUCCAGCUCCUCAUCCAAAGCGGCGCCGAUCUCCUCGCCGUCAACUCGGACGGGAACAUGCCCUACGAUCUGUGCGAGGACGAGGCGACGCUCGACUGCAUCGAGACCGCCAUGGCGGAGCGCGGGAUCACCCAGGAGAAGAUCGAGGAGGCUCGCGCCGCCACCGAGCGCGGCAUGGUGCGGGAGAUCCGGCAGCUGGUGCGGGCGGGAGCCGACCUGGACGCGCCGCGGGGACACGGCGCCACGUUGUUACACGUCGCGGCAGCAAACGGUUACGCCGAGGCGGCCGAGCUGCUCCUGGAGCACCGGGCCGGCGUCGGCGCCAGGGACGAGGAUGGCUGGGAGCCGCUCCACGCCGCCGCGUGCUGGGGACAGGUGCGGCUGGUGGAGCUGCUGGUGGCUCACGGCGCCGACCUCAACGCCAAAUCCGUGCUGGACGAAACCCCCUUGGACGUUUGCGCCGACGAGGAGGUUCGGGCGAAACUCUCGGAAUUGAAAAGCAAACGCGACGCCGUCCUGAAAUCCCACGGGAAGCGCAAAUCCUUGCUCCAGCGCCGCACCUCCAGCGCCGGCAGCCGCGGGAAGGUGGUGCGGCGGGCGAGCGUGUCGGAGCGCACCAGCCUCUACCGUAAGGAGCACGAGCGGGAAGCCAUCGUCUGGCAACGCGCCGAGCGCCGUGACAGCGAGGACGAGGAGCGGCAGGCGGAAAGCGAGCCCCGCCGGCGCUCGACCGAUCCCGUCGGGUUGACGUCGGCGGAGCUCCCCGAGCCGCCGCUGCAGCGUAACGGCGCCGCUCUGGAUGCCAAAGAGGGGGACGGCGGCGACGCGGCGCGGGAUAAAGCCCACCACACCUUGGCCGACCUCAAGCGGCACCGAGCGGCCGCCAAACUGCAGCGCCCGCGGCCCGAGGAGCAGCCGCGCCCCACGGCGGGCACCGGCAGCGGCACCGGCAGCGGCAGCGGCACCGGCAGCGGCACCGGCAGCGGCAGCGGCACCGGCACCGGCACCGGCGACCCUCCCCUCCUCAAGCUGACGGCGCCGGCCGAGGAGGCGCCGGCCGAGAAGCGCCGUUGCUGUAAGGUGAUGUGAGCGGCCGCCGCGCCCCGGGGGGCGACUCGUUGCCUCUUUUUUUGGAACUGUUUUAUCCCCCGAAAUGGGAAGUUUUGGGGUUUGGGUUGUUUUUUGUUUUUUUUUUUUCCUUUUUCUUUUUUUUUUCCUUUUUUUCUUCCCCCCGCUCCG